AUGGGCCGCUACGACUUUGCCGCUCAGAAUGUCCACAAAACCGCAUCACAACUACUAGCCGCGAAACGACUACAAGCACCACCACCCUGGCACAGCAUCAUCGCAACAUAUCCUCCAUCCGAUCGACUUGUACGAACACCGAAGCAACGGCCUCAAAAGCCUGGCAAGCGAGCUUCUCGACUCUUUCAACCGCUCAAUGUCAAGUACGAAGAGGAUCGCCUGCGAUGGGAGUACUUCAAUGACCACCCGUGGGAAUUGGCGCGGCCGAGAGUAAUGCUCGAGGAGGAUGGUAGAGAUCAUGAGAAGUGGGACUGGAACCGCCUCCUGAAACCACUUCCUGACUCAAACCUGCACAGCGUCGUCCAACGACAACAACACCUCAUGAAAGCAGAAUCCCUCCCAGCAGCAAAAGCCUACGACCGAGCCCGCAAAGAACUCUACCGAGCCCGACAUUUCCGCGAAGUCCAACAACGAGUAGCUCGAGAAGAAGCUCUCGCGCAAGGCGCAUACUUCGGUCCAGGACCAUUGCAAAUCGGAAUGCAAAUCGAGGACAAAAUGUACGAAAACUGGAAGGAGUGGGCCGUUAAGGAGAUUGCAGCAGCGAAGGCUUUGGCUGGCAGUGCGUAUACCGGCCUGGAGCAGCAGGCGUCCAUCAUCGAGGGCAUUUCGGACGAGUCGGAGGCAUUACAGGAAGUGGUGGAGAGCGUGCCGGGGUCGAAUAAACUGCCGGCUGCAAUGGGUGGUGUGGCACUUCAUCCUUGA